AUGAAUUAUGCAAAAAAGAAAAUAUGCCUUUCUAUGGUUAUGCGAGCCAAAGAAGAGCGUCGCAAUCGAUUCGGUGUAAAUUCGUUAGAUUAUGACCCCUAUCAAAAGAGACUUUAUACAGCUGGCAGAGAUUCUAUCAUUCGUGUAUGGGACACAAAGCGUCAAACAGAUCCGUAUUUACAAAGCAUGGAACAUCAUGCCGAUUGGGUUAAUGAUAUAGUCCUUUGUUGCGAAGGCGAAUAUCUUAUCUCGGCAUCUAAUGAUACAACUGUCAAAGUGUGGAAUGCUAGGACUGGAUUUUGCAUGUCCACUCUUCCCACGCAUAAGGACUACGUCGUGGUUUUGGCGUAUGCUCAACAUAAGGAAGAGGUUGCCAGUGCGGGUCUAGAUCAUUCAAUUUUCCUGUGGGACGUUAACACACUUCGCAAUUUAACACCGAAAAAUAACACUGUUACAACAUCUUCAUUUUCGGAUGAAAAGGAUAGCAUAUAUAGUCUGGCUAUGGAUCCAGCCGGUUCUAUUUUAGUAGCUGGUAGUCCAGAUAAGCUUAUCAGAAUGUGGGAUCCAAGAACUUGUCAACCGAUUGGUCAGCUUCGAGGACACACAGAUAAUGUGCGAGCUCUUUUAAUUCGCCCAGAUGCCCAAGAAAUUCUCUCAGGAAGUUCGGACGGUACAAUUAAACUGUGGAAUGUUGGAAUGCGAAGGUGUACGGAAACAAUACGAAGACAUUCUGAGGGCGUAUGGACUUUACAGACGAAUCCGUCUUGGACUGAAGUGUAUUCAUCCGGCAGAGAUAAGAAUAUAUUUGCAACGACACUCCGCAAUACAGAUGAUUCUUUCCUUAUUGGGAGGGAAUCUAACCCUGUCUUGAAGCUUCUCUAUGUGGAAAACUCAGAUGGACCUCAUCUUUGGGCAUCAACUAGUGGAACUGACGUUAAAUGUUGGCCGAUCAAUGCACCAAUCAGAAGAGCCCCUCGUCUUUCCUCGCAUCGAAUUGCCAGUCAUUCUGUUGAUUCGGAUCCCCUUUGUGCAUCACCAUGGACUCGAGAUCAUUCGGAAACUCCUUCGGAACAACGCCUACUGCAUCUCACUGUCCCUACCUCUGUACCUACAUUUAUAAUUAAAGGCGGUAAUCCCAUUGUUCAAUAUCAUAUUUGCAGUGAGAAGCGUUUUAUCGUUACUCGCGAUGCUAAUAAUCAGGUUGCAAUCUAUGACGUUCUACAGGCUAAAAUUGUGCAAAAUCUCGGUCAAGUGGAUUUUGAUGCUGUAGUGAAAGAGCGAGAGAAGUUUAUAUAUGUCCCCAAUUGGUUCUCUGUUGAUCUACGCUGUGGUUUCCCCAUUAUUCAUCUGGACAGUUCCGAUGCUCUGUCAGCCCACAUAACCCUCAAAGACGCUGGUUUCACUACACCCGAAGAUGCGGCUGAUCAGAAGAGUUAUAACUUCAACCCCUUCUUUACAGUCAAUUACGGUCAAUUAUUGCUGCAGGCCAUAUUCGAGAGCUGGCCAAAAGCUCAACUCUAUAGUGGAGACAGUACUUCUAAUCUAACGAGGGGAUAUGUUUCCCUACCUGAUCACAUUCCCAUUAUUCUGAGAAUCAAAGGUGAGUUAUCUCCUAAUCUGUGCUUUGUUUGCCUUUGCAGUGACUGUCGAGGACGAGCACUGGCUAGAUUCAUUGUGCGAGACACAGGUCUCUCGAAAGAGCAGCGCCUCCUUUGUGAACAUGUUCCAGAGUGGGUUACGGAUAUUGUAGUUCGACGCAAACCCAUCAAGGCUACCAAGAUACCUUUCUGUUUGACGCAAGACACCAAAAUCUCAAAUCCCAAAUCUAAAACGUAA